AACGCGUAAACCGCACGAGAAAACGCCACUCCUCGCGUCGGCGGCCACCGCCCAUCAUCAUCUUCUUCUUCUUCUUCUCCAAUUGGGGCCAGAAUCGGAACCCUAAUCGCACCUCCCUCCCCCAAAUUCCCUCAAAGCUCCGAUCUUUCUCUCUCCAGCAACGAUGCUCCUCUCUCCCGGCCUCCCCCGCCACCUCUCCUCGCCGUCCCCCUCGCCGGCCCCCGCCGAACCCCUAAAUCAGCAACCCCCGCCGCCGCCGCGGCCCUCCGCCUCCGCCGCGGCCCCGAACCCCCGGAAGCGGGCCGCGGUCCUCGACGAGGACGCCUACGUGUCGGCCAUCGAGGGGAUCAUCGAGCGCGACUUCUUCCCCGACAUAUCCAAGCUCCGCGACCGCCUCGACUGGCUCGAGGCCGUCCGGACCGGCGACCCCAUCCAGAUCCGCGAUGCCCAGUUGAAGAUCAUGGAGCGCCGCGGCAGGAGGGCGGCCGGCGGCUCGAGCGUCCGGGGCCGGACGCAGACGCAGACCCCCGGCUCGACCUUCGCGCGCAGUUUCACUCCUCUCGACGAGUUCGACGGUAAGACCCCGAGGACUCCGGGCGCUCUGGGUGGGGACGGGGUAGGUGGUUUAGAAGCCGGGGAGGGUGAUUCCGGCGUCGACGUCUCGCUGUCGUUGGACGAGUUCUUUAGGCGGUACACGAGCGAGGACAACGAGAGCUUUUCGAAGAUUCUGGAGAAGGUCAAUAAGAAGAGGAAGGAGAAGUACGGGUACUUGCUGGAAGGCCAGAAUGAGGGUGUGCAGGCAAUUGAGGAUGCCGAGAGGGACAGAAUUACCGAUGGGUAUGGGACGUCGGAUCAGCCGGCGAGUACUUUAGAAGGGUGGAAAUACACGGCGAAGAAUCUUUUGAUGUACCAUCCUGCUGAUCGGGGGGAGGCUCCGUUGACGGCGGAGGAAAUGGCUGUUAGGCUCAACGGUCUGACUAAGGAAGUGAGUUAUGCUAAUACUAGGUUUCAUGGUAAAAUAAUGGAUUCGAGGCCGAAAGAUGAUGGUACAGUUGAGGUCUUGUAUGCGCCGAUUGCGGGUGCUUCUCCGAUGCUAAAGUCAGCUAGGGAUGGGGACAAUGUUAAGAAGUACGACCUGGAUGACUUGAGGAAGACCCCCAAUCCGUUUUAUGUGGAGUCAGGUAAAAAGGCUGAUAAUGGAUAUAGUUUUGUUAGAACUCCUUCGCCUAUGCCAGGUGCUGAUGAGUCGCCGUUCAUCACUUGGGGUGAAAUUGAGGGAACUCCGUUGAGGUUGGAGCCCGAGGACACACCUAUUGAUAUCGGCGGUAGUGGAGACGGGCCUCACUUCAGGAUCCCAUCGGCACCAGCACGAGAUGUAAAGGCUCAUUUGCUUUCUAGAGAGGCUGCUCGAAAGUUGAGGGACAGGUCUAAAAUGUUCCAGAAGCCACCACUGCCAUCACCUGUCAGAGGGGGAAGUGCCAGUCCAAGUAUGCGGACUCUUUCUCCCGCUGCCCAGAAGUUCGUGAGAAAUGCAAUUUCUAGGUCGUCAUCUUCAGUUGAUGAAUCACUUCGAGCUAGUUAUCGAGGUGCAAGCCCCGCUCGGACUCCCAAAAGUGUCAGGAGCAUGUCCAGGUUUGGUAGAGAUGGGAGUCUGGAGUCCAGAUCUCCUUCUGUAAAAGAGAAUUUGAACCCUCCUAGGUAAUAGGUUGUGUGCUAAAAAUAAGCAAACUGUGAUAGUCUCUGGAAGUCUGGCUUUAUGUUAUUACUGGAGCAUAUAUGUUCUUUUACUUUCUAAAAGAUGUGGCUGUUUCUUGUUUAGUAUCUCUAUUUUCGUAAUUAUCACAUUGUUAAAGAUAUUUGGUCAAAGGCUACAGUUUCAAUGUAAAUUCUAAGGAUACUUAAGGACCCAGGGAAGCUUCCUUAUUUAGCAGUACAGUAUACUGUUGUUU